CUCUCUCGCGCCUGCAACUUCCGCUAUGUCAUCUGCAGCACCCAGCCACUGGGGUAGCAAUUUCAAUUUUCCCCGUUUUGUUUUGGAGAGCCUGGCGUUCGGUUUUUGGUUGGCUCCAAGGUCCAGGCUUUGAUUCAUGGAUCUGGAGCUUGUGAAGAGGUGCUUGAAUUUCUCUCACAGGAGGAGGAAGCUGUUGAUUUUGUUGGCUGUCUGUGGGGUGUCCAGUUAUGGCGCAUAUAGAGUGUAUCAGAUGCCCUCAGUGGCUAGAAAGAGGAAGAGGGUGAUGAAGCUUUUGGGGGCUGUAACCUCCAUGGCCGAGAUGGUCUCAGAGUCCGCAGAGACCGUCGGUGUCGUCUCGAGGGACCUGAAGGAGUUUCUGCAGUCUGAUUCUGACCAAAUGCCCAAGAGUUUGAGGCAAAUCGCGAAGAUUGCCAAAUCGGACGAGUUCUGCGAGGGCGUGAGUAAGGUCACGGAGGCCUUGACUGUUGGAAUGUUGCGGGCGUAUAAGGGUUACUCGGGAAAUGGAGAGAUAUCACAAGGGAAUCCGGAUAUCACCGACAGGGUUAUGGAUAGGUUCUUCUCGACGGCGGGGUCUGGUUUUGCUUCAGUUGUUGUUGGAAGCUUUGCUAGGAACUUGGUUAUGGGGUUUUAUGCAGCUAGCUCCACAGAUUGUAGUGAAAAUGGAGAUGAUUCGUUGACUGAAUCAAGAUGGGUGAAUGCCAUCUGCAACGACAAGUGCAAGGAGCUCAUGGCUAAUUGCAUCCAAAAGUUUGUUAGCACAGCAGUCGAGGUGUUUCUUGACAAGACGAAGCAUAUCAACACGUAUGAUGAGCUCUUCUCUGGGUUGACAAACCCGAGUCAUCAAGAUAAAGUGAGGGAUGUUCUGGUUACAGUUUGCAAUGGUGCUGUUGAAACAUUCGUAAAAACAUCCCAUCAAGUGUUGACAAGCACAAACUCAUCUUCACCAUCUGGUGGUUCCGUCGGUCAGCAAAGGGAAUGGCCUAACAUGGCAGCCGAUAAGGUCUUUGAUAAAGAAGUUAUUUCAAAGCUCCAGUCUGAGAGAAUAUCCUCUAAUGGAAUUCAAAGGAGUGAAUGGUUGUCCAAAGCUUCGUCUACAUUGGCUGUGCCCAGUAAUAGGAAAUUUGUGCUUGAUGUGACGGGUAGAGUGACUCUCGAAACGAUAAGGUCUGCCCUAGCCUAUCUGUUAUGGAGGCUGUUAGAUGGUAUUAGACAUGGUGUUGAUAUAGUUAGCGAGAAGUUUGUAGACAGGGGACUCCAAGUCAUUAGAUUCUUCGGAGCAAAGUCCCAUGUCAUUGUUACUGUAUGUCUCGCCUUGUAUUUGCAUGUUCAUGGUGGUAGUAGAAUUCUUGUACCUGCUUAGAUUGAUGGUUCUUACCUGUAUCGAGAUGUCCUCUAAGCAUCAAGUAAUGGAACCUCAAAAUGUUCUGUAUACACCCCGAGAACAUGCGGCGCCACACUGUUCUGUAUCCUCCCGGAAAAUAUGGAAGAUUGUUUCAAUUUCAAACUGGAAUGGCUGUGCUCUAUUGUUCGACA